AUGCUUUUUGCUCUUUUUUCGGAUGUCUUUUCUGCACCAGCAUAUACAUUAAAGUCUGGUGUCCUUACUAUUAGUGGAUCCGGCGAGGUAACCAGAAAAGAUGUCGAAAAUGCUGUUCAAAACUCUGAUUUAUACCAAAUCGAUGUUGGUGACGGAAUUACAUCUAUUCAAAGCGGCGCUUUUUCAAAUUAUUCGAAACUAGUAUACUCGCAUAUCAAUGCUCAAAUUACUUCCAUUCCAAAUAAUCUUCAUGAAAAUUGUGUGAAGCUUUUAACAUUUAAAGCUCCAGCAACUGUCAAAACUAUUGGUGCCUUCGCAUUCUACAACUGCCAGAGCCUCACAACUUUCGAAUAUCCCGAUGUUUUAGCAAUAUUCAAUUAUAAAUCUUUCUUCAAAUGCGAAAAUCUCGAAAAUGUCACAAAAUACUCUACCAGCACUCCCCUCUCAGCUGAUUUCGAAUCAACAAUUCGUCCUUCAGCGUUUGCAAACUGUACUAGUUUGAAGUUCUUCGAUUUCCCUACUAAUGUUGUCAACAUCUCAGAUUCUGCAUUCCGUUUUUGCAGAUCCCUUAAUUCCUCUACAUUCCCAACGACAAUUCGCCAUCUAGGAAAUUAUUCCUUCGACGGCUGUUCUUCCCUUGGAAAUCUCAACCUCUCCAGCAUCAAGAGAAUUGGCGCCAACGCCUUCUCCUAUUGCACAUCCAUCCAGAAACUCAACAUUGGCGAUGAUUGUGUCUACAUCGGCGACUGGGCUUUCAAAAACUGCGAAACACUGGAAGAUUUCACUACAAACAUUCCUGCCGGCAUCAGCUACAUCGGAAAUGGCUCUUUCGCAUACACUUAUAACUUGCUCUCGUUUGCAUUCCCAUACAACUGCCACAGAGUCAGUCCUUACGUUCUUAUGAACUCCUGCAUUGAGUCUGUCAUCAUCCUCAGCACCGUCAGGACUAUUGGCGAGUACGCUUUUUCCCGCUGCAAGAAACUGUCGAAUGUUGCAUUUGUAGACCUUGAAACAGAAGGUAUCACAGACAUCUACAAGUUUGCAUUCGCGUACUGCGAGCAGAUCAUUGUUGUCCGCUUCAACAACUACCUGAAGAACGUUCACGAGGGCGCUUUCCUGGGAUGCCGCAGCCUGGAGACAUUCCACGUCACAGAGAACUUGAAGAAUAUCUCUCCUUUGGUUUUCUCUGAGUGCAAUUCGAUCCACAACUUCACAGUCAACGAAAAUAAUCCCAACUACGCACUCGGUCCUGAUGGAGCCAUCUAUGACAAGGAGCUGAAGAAACUCGUCGUGUAUCCAACAGCUGCCAACAACCCCAUCCCAAAACUUCCACCGUCAGUCACAGUUUUCAUGGACUCCGCUUUUAGAGGCUGCACUGAAAUUGACACUGUCGAAAUUCCAGAUACAGUCACUCAAAUUGGCAAGGGUUGUUUUCAGAACUCAUCUAUAACUUCCAUUGUCUUCCCAGCGAGAUUUGAGAAGAUUGAGUCGUAUACGUUCAACAGCUGCAAGAAGCUGAAGACUCUCAAAUUCCAGGACGGAUCCAAACUCACUAGCAUCAACGAGCACUGCUUCGAGGGCUGCUACUCGUUGCAGGACUUCAACAUGCCAGAGACAGUCACCCACAUCGGAACUUGCUGCUUCAAAGGCUGCCAGUUGCUGACAGGCAUCAAGUUCGACAAGGUGAAGGAGAUAAUGCCAUCGGCAUUUGAAGACUGCAAAGCACUCAAAUUCGCAAACUUGCAAUCUCUGAAGUUUGUCCAAUCCAAGGCGUUCCACAACUGCUACAACAUCAACGAAGUAAUUCUCGGCCCUGGUGUCCAGUACAUCUACAAGCAGGCAUUCAGUUUCUGCGUGAAUUUGAAGCAGAUUGCACUUCCAAAAGGAUUAGUCAGUCUCGGUCCAAGCUGCUUUGCAAACUGCACUUCAUUGGAAUCAAUGGACAUUCCAGCGACAGUCAAGGAGUUCCAAAGCCAGAUCUUCUCCGGAUGCACUAAAUUAGUCAAGGUUACAAUUCGUGGUCCAGUUCAGGAGAUGCUCGAAUCUGCAUUUGAGGACUGCUCCAGCCUUGUUGAAGUCGAUUUCCUCAACAACAUCUUCCAGAUUUCUGAAGACGCAUUUUCAGGCAACUUGACCAAUUUGAAGAACGUCACUUACUGCGGAACAGUUCACAUCGAGACACCAUUCCUCGAAUCAGUGAGACACAACAAGGGCUUCCACGUCUACGUCGGCAGUUACUACAGCAACUCUUUGUUUGCUGGAAUCACUACUUCGAAUGCAGAAGGAUGCGUAGUUCCGCCCAGUGAAACGCCUACUCCUGCAGACUCGCAAAAGAACGGAUUGAAGGGAUGGCAAAUAGGACUGAUUGCAGCAUCCGGCGCAAUCGUUUUAAUUGUCGUCACUGUCAUCAUCGCCGUCUGCGUAAUGAAGGCUGCUGGAUUCCGCAGGAAGGAAACACUCACUGAGUCCCUCUUGACUCAAACAGUUUAA